AUGCCGACGGCAAAAACUCAAGGUCUUCCUUUCUUGUCAUACAUCACGGAUUCUACUUACUCUUUACAGUGUGAUGAUACCCGACCCUGCCAGCUGUGCAUUCGCUCCGAUGCAGAAUGUACGGAUGUUAUAAACAAGCGACGAAGAAAAAAUACCAGAGCUCAGUCACAAAGCAGAAAGCCGCCUGAGAAUCGUCCACUGCUCACGGAAACGGCCCCUUCGCACGAUCCCAGCCCCGGUCUACAGACGCAUGUUGGGCCCGGUGGCAAUCAUGCUACAGAUCUGGUCACCAGCCAGCGAGAGCGAGCCCACUCAACCUUUCAUCAUGCCCAGGAGCUUUUUCGCAAUCAUAUGACCACCUUGCGGGACUCUGAUGCCAUUCCUGACGGGGCCCCCGCAAACAAGCUGCCUCAAGUUCAAGGAUCGAGAAUACCAAUUUUCGACAUAAUUGGGAUGCAGCUCCCGUCGACACCCGUUACUCUGGCAUUAUUAGACGCAUAUCUCCAAGCGAAUCACUGGUACCUUUCCAUGUUUCAUGAGCCCAGCUUUCGCGCACGUCUGGUCACCAUCCUUCGGACUGAGGGUAUUCUCCCCUGUGAGAAGUCAUUUUUAUUGUUAUUGCUAGCUGUCUUAAUUCUUGGAGCCCGGUUUUCUAAUCACGAUACCCUACAUUCCCUGGACUCACAGUUUAAUCUUCAGCAGUGCAAGGCAACGUGGAUCAAGGCUGUGGAGGAUCAUAUAUUCUGGAUUCUAAAAGAAGCCACGCUAGAAUCAAUCGCCUGUGCCGUUCUCAUGUCCAUUGAGUACCUUUUAGAACGCAAGACGCAGCUCUCCUUUACCAUGUCAGGACUGGGAUCGCGAGCGGCGCAGGCGAUGAGCCUUCAUGACGAGGCCACGUGGGAACCACUAGAUUUCAUUGAAAUACAGGUGCGCCGACGAGUUUGGUGGUCCAUCUACAUGGUCGAUGUAUAUAUCGCACAAGCGUACGGGAAACCAUCAGUCCUCCCAACCGUACAGUUCAACGUUUGCGAGCCAAAAGAUCUAGAUGAUACGAUGGCCACCUGCCCGGGGAUCGGAUCAUACGAGGUACGAGAAGACGGCACGUUCAAGCCUGUGACGAUAUUCUCGUACAACCGCUACAAAGCACAGCUGUACUCGAUUGCCGAUCCAACGGCGCAUAGUAUACGUUUACCUCAUAUCAAGCGCACCUAUGCCCGUCUCCUGGAUUGGGAAAAGACCGUCCCACGAGAGCUCAAGCUUGGCAGCUUUUCGGAGGAUCAGAGCAUGAUCGAUGACCCUGCUCGGCGUGUUUUUUCCCUGCAGGCACUAACGCUACAGGUGUCUUAUGACUACAAACACCUGAUAUUGUUUCGCCCUUUCCUUCUCAGUAGGAAAUACCUCAGUGUCCGAUUACACGAUGGCCCGAUCGAAUCGCAAGAUAGAUCCGAUACCACGAUCCGUGACCAAUUAUUCACUUCUGCCUUGCGCAUGUCGAGCAUCUGUCGGUGGCAAAAUAUUUUAUCUAUUCUUGGGAACACCACCUCUGCCGUUCAACUCUGUUUCCAGUGCUUCACAGCGGGUGUGGUACUGGCGAUGCUGGCCUUAUCUGAACUGUCCUCCCCACGACUGUCUGAAUGCAAGCAAGGACUGGCCCGUCUCAUUAAAUCUCUGGAAGUGGCAGGUUCGGGCAGUCCUUUAUCCCGACAAAGUGUCGAUAUCCUGAUGGAAGCCAUGCAUCUUAUCUCGGCCGAGGAAGUCAAGGAGCUAGUCUCCAGGGCGGGCAAACCAGCGGAAGAUCUACGCGAUGUUGUAUCAGACUCAGUCACAUGGUCGGCGGACAGCUGCGGGGCGAGUGAUGCGCAGCAUGCAAUGCAGCCAGAUGCAGUGCAUGGGCCAGGCAUAUGGGCGGAGUUGGACUUGACGCCGGAUGAAAGCGAGCCGGAAAUACUCAACUCCAUCUCUCUAUACCAAUCGCUUGCGUCUUUGUUCUAG